AUGGAGUUUGAAGGAGCUGGGGAAGUAACUGCUAUGGAAGUCGAUGUUGACUCGUCGGCAAGUUUUGAGGAUGACUACACAACAUUGCCCGUCCGUUACAAGGAUGAGAAUUUUGGGAAUGGAUUUAUGAUAAACACUGAGAAAAUGGAAAUUGUGAAAAUAAAGGUUGUUUUAAAGAAAGAAUUCUUUCGAAUCAUUGUGUGGUUCAAUGUUGACUUUGAAACUGUUGACAGAAACAAAAAUCGAAACAUCGAGUUUAAAAAUAUCACUUACACUCAAAAUGAUAGAGAGAAAUUUGGUAAUGACAUACCAUUAAGUGUGACAUCAAUUGGUUAUUGUUGUUUCGAUGAAUGCAUUGGUUUGAGCAAUGUUACAAUUCCAUCAACUGUGACAUCAAUUGGUGAAUAUUGUUUCAGUUGGUGUUUUAGUCUGACUAGUGUUACAAUACCAUCAAGUGUGACAUCAAUUGGUGAAUGUUGUUUCGAAUCAAAUACAGUAGUUCAUCGAAAUUAA